GUGUGUAUAUAAGACAUAAGAUUCUCUAUUCCAACAUAUGUGUCUCAAUCGGUCUAUAAAUUUCAUUUUCUCUCAUUGUUAUCUUUUCUUCUCCAUCCUCAUCGAUCAUAAUAUCUCUCUUAACAUUCUUUUCUUUUUCAUAUUACGAUGAUGUCCGAAGAAUAUCAAGAAUCAGACAUUAUAUUUUCCGACCAAACCGUAUUCCCAAACUAUAACCAAGAAACUAAACUCUCUAACACUAGAAACGUCGAGAAGAGUAGAAGACGACGGGAGAGGGUGGAGAAAACGUCUCCGGUGAGAAUCCCGACGAAUAAUUUCCGGUUUAUGGAAUGGGACACGGCGGAGGAAGAUGAGGACAAGACUCCUCCACACGUUAUAAUCGAAAGAAGAAUGAAAGAGCAAAUAGCGUUUUCGGUUUGUACUCUUAAAGGAAGAGACUUGAGCCGUCACCGGAACUCCGUUCUUAGGAUGACCGGAUUUUUAGAAGCUUGAUUUUUACUUAACCGUCACCGGAACUCCGUUCAAUUUGUUUUAUUUUCCAUUAAUUGAACGGUUUAGUGUUGGGAGAUUUUUUUUUUCCCGGUUGGGUUUUGUAUUGGAUAAAUCCCCAACAUGUCUUUGUACUAUCUUAUUGAGUUAUAUUAUUUGGUUACUUGAGAAGAGGAGAACCUAAAAUAUAAUGUCAAGGUUAACUACUUAAAUUUGGUUUUGA